AUGUCAAUUUUUGCGAUAGAUCCGUACGCCCAUACGAAGAUCCAUACUGAAUCCUGGAAAACGAUGAACGACGAAGAGCGACUGCUACUUCUUUAUAAAUAUACGCUCAAGUGCGAAACUGAUGCGAUAAACGCCGUGGAAAAUCAAGGAAAAGAUCUCACUGCUGAUCUUUACCAGCACAUCCUUGACGAAUGCCAUGAAUCACCAAUUCUCACCAUGAUUUGGAAGCAAUAA